AUGGCCAGUCUUCAGCUCCCCGGCAGGCUGCAACAGUCUUUGAACGAUACAAAAGUAGAGUAUCGCCAACUUGGCAAAUCUGGACUUCGCAUAUCUGUACCUAUCUUGGGCUGUAUGGGCUUUGGCGACUCUCAGGCUAUUCCAUGGGCACUUGACGAAGACAAGGCGCUGCCGUUACUUAAGGCAGCCUAUGAUAGGGGGCUUAACACCUGGGAUACAGCCAACUCUUAUUCAAAUGGUGCUUCCGAGCGUAUCAUUGGUAAAGCCUUACAACAGUUUAGUAUCCCUCGUGCGAAGGUGGUGAUUCUCACCAAGUGCAAUUUUGCCGUGGGCGAAACCCCUGAGGAGCAGCAAUUUGCGUUCUACUCCGAGUUUAACAGAAGUAAGGACUAUCAAAACCAAUUUGGCCUCUCGCGUACAGCAAUUUUCAACCAGGUCGAAGCUUCAUUGAAGCGACUAGGGACUACAUACAUUGACCUACUACAAAUUCACCGCUAUGAUAAUUCGGUACCUAUCGAGGAAACUCUGAAAGCUCUUCACGAUCUUGUUCAAUCAGGCAAGGUCCGCUACAUUGGCGCUAGUAGCAUGUGGGCAACACAGUUCGCUAGGCUUCAGUUUUGCGCGGAACAAAACGGUUGGACGAAAUUCGUUAGCAUGCAGGACCAGUACAACUUACUCUAUCGAGAGGAAGAGCGUGAGAUGAUUCGGUUCUGUAAUGAAACAGGCGUGGGAGUUAUUCCUUGGGCUCCUUUGUGCCGUGGCCAUCUCGCCCGGCCCCCGUCUAGCUCCACGACGCGUGCCUCAACUGAGUCUGACCUCACGAGUGGGGGGCACGGUUCCUCUGAAGUCGAUAUCAAGAUUAUCGCACGGGUGGCAGAGCUUGCAAAAAAACACGAAUGGCCGAUGGCCCAUAUUGCACUUGCCUGGAUCAACAAGAGGGUCACAAGCCCUAUUAUCGGGUGCAGCAGCUUAAAAAGACUCGAUGAGGCUAUUGAAAGCAAUGGAAAAUGUCUAAAUAGCGACGAGGAGCAGUAUCUCGAGGAACUAUAUCAGCCCAGACCUAUCUGGGGACAUAUCUGA